AUGAAGUCGAGUACAUUGUAAGUUUUAUAUAGCCUUGAAAUCCGUACAGUAACAUGGUCAAGAGACACCCAUGGGUUAUUUGAUUACGAGUCUCGCUCAAUCACUAAAUCGUUUCUAAAAACCGUCACUUCUUGUUCAAUUUUCCGUGCCAAUCAAACUUGUUAUACAGUUGCCGAUGACACCAAAGAUAUUCAUGAAGGUACAGAGCCGCUUCUCAGCAUUCGAAAAAAUCCAGGAAGCUUUACAGCCCAUCAAUUCAGUGAGUCACUUACUCCCCCCUCCGUGAGUGAACAAAAAAAAUUUUGUUCACUCACGGAGGGGGGUUAAUUUGUUUUUUUUAAAAAAAAUUUUAUAAAAAAUAUUUUUUUCGAAAUUUUAAAAAAAAUCCUAGUUCGCAAAAAUUGGAAAACAAAUAUUAAUUUUAAUUUAUAAAAUUUAUGUUUUAAAAAGCAAUUCGUUUAAAAUUAAACAGAAUUAGCUCUAGAUUUCAUUAUACUAAUUAUCAUUUAUAUAUCAAAUUUUUUGUUCCAUAAAAAAUUUUUCUAUUAAAAAAAAUUUUUGUUUACUCAGCAAAAAAUAGCGAAAAACUCUGACUUGUGGUGAAAUAUAUGAAAACAAAAGGCAUAAAAGGCCAUCUCAUGCAUGAAGGCGACUGAUUAAAGCUUGGAAGGGUCCGCUUUAGAGUCAAAAAAAUAUCGAUAAAUAAAGACUCAGUCGACAUCCCAGGGUUUCUCGGUUCAAUCCCAUCCGAUGUCGAAAAUGUCAAGCAGGAAGACUCAAACCAAGGAAAUAACCAGUGCAGAAUUUGCCUCUAUGAUACAAAUACAAAAUCAGACCCUCUAAUUAACCCAUGCAAGUGCUCAGGGACAAUGAAAUAUGUCCACAUAAAUUGCCUGAAAGAGUGACUAAAAAAUAAGGUGGCAACAAGGCAGUCAGAAAGGGCAAUCUCGUAUUAUUGGAAAGACCUAUCAUGUGAGCUCUGCAAGACAAAACUACCAUCAGUCAUGAACUUCGAAGGCCAAAAAAUAGAGCUAAUCAGCAUGAGCUACCCUACAAAAUCCUAUAUAUUAAUUGAAGAUUAUCGCCCAGACAACAGACAAAGCCACGGUUUGCAUGUAGUUUCUCUAGACGAAGGUCAAUUUUCCUUAAUAGGAAGAGGUCAUGAGUGUGAUUUAAAGCUAUCAGAUAUCUCUGUAAGUCGGCACCAUGCUCGAAUAAAGCUUGUAAAUAAUCAAUUCAUUAUUGAAGACCAAAAUAGCAAAUUUGGAACUUUGCUGCAGUCUAAGAAAACAGUCCCAAUUUCGUCUCAUCAGGAUGUGACAAUUCAAGUCAACCGAACUGUCCUGCACUUGUCCUUAAAGGAGCCUUGGAGCUGUCAGAAUUUCUGCAGGAUGUGCUUUAGCAAACAAGUGAUGCCGACUGAAGAAGUGUCGUAUUUAACUCAAGAAGGAGGGAACUAUGAUGAGGACCAAGAAGAAGACCAAGAAGAUUCAAGGGAAUUAGAUGAAGGGGAGUCUCAGCUGUUAGAAGCUGGCUCUUCGCUUUUAAUUCAUGGAGAGUCUGACUCUGCUGUGAUAGAAGUGAUAGAGCAGGUUGAAAGAGAAAGAGAAAAUGGACAAAUUGUAGAUGAAGAGAGAAAAGUGGAAGAGGGAAAAGAAGAAGAGAAAAGAGAAGAAGAGAGAAAGGAUGAGGACAAAAAAGAAGAGGAAAAGCAAGAAGAAGGAAAAGAAGGGUUAAUAUUUGUUCUAUAAAGAAAAAUCUCCUAGAGCAUUUCACUUCCCCUCUACUUCUCCCUUGCGAUUUCAAUUUGGAUGAAACUGUUUAAAAUCAAUUUGAUAUGUUUGAUCCAUAGUAUUUUCUUUCUCCUCUUUCAUUUAAAAUGAAUUUGUCAGUGGUGAAGAGGUCGAACUAUAUGCUCUAAAAGUAUAUAAAUGUUUUUUAGCAUGAUUGGAUUUUUUAUUAUUAGAAAAAUUAUUCAGGUAAAAUAUGUCAAAAUAAAUUUUAUGGCUUGGAAAAGAAGAUUUCAUUGAACAAAUGAGGCUAAAUGAGCCCAAAGAGCAGGAAAAUGAAGAAAUGGGGCCUCUUUGAAAUAUAUCUUAA